GCAAAGGCAAGGACGCAAGUCCCGCCGAGAUCAAGGCCAUGCUCGCCAAAGAAGUUGCAGCCGCCACCGAACUCAACACCAAGAAGAUCCUGCUGCAAGAGAUGAGCGCCAUCAAGGUUGACGGUGGUGGUAAGGAGCCAAACAUGUUCGACCUGAGCUGGGAUGAGGAGUUCUUCAGCAGGCUGGACGAAUAUGAAUGUAAGGAGGGAGAGAAGACCGAGCUACGAGAACUUGAGCGUCAAUUACGUGAAGCCAGAUCCAAUCUCAACGAUCGAGGGAGCCGAGUUCAAGAGUGGAAGAACCGCAUGGAGACCUUGAAGAUGCUCGCGACGGAGAGGUUGAACAAAAAGCGUAAGGUCCCAGAGGGAGAGUCCAAGCCGACGGCGGGCGGUGGGGACGGCGGAGGCACCGGUGGAGGACAGCAGUCCCGAGCACCGACGAACGCCGAUACCCGAGCCCAGGAGGCUACGGACCCCUCGCAGAAGGAGGCACAUGAGGCAGCAAUGCAAGAAGCAGCCACGAAGAUUUCAGAGGCCAAGCUCGCAGCCGCAGCAGAG